GCCAUGUGAUGAGUCUGGAUCGGGCUGCAGGGUGGAUCGAUACCCCAGCAGCUCCAGGAUGAUCUGAUGGAGGUGGUAGUUACAUGAUGGCCACCUCCAGGCUGCUGCUCCACGAGCCUCCUCGUCAGUGAUCUCUGUGGAUGAGGAGUUGGAGGAGUUGAGGGUCUGGGCUGCGGACAGGAGACUUUUCUUCCGGAGAGGGGGGAACAUUUUGGAGACGGAGAAGCUUUUUGUGGCUGUUUCGCGGUAGAGGAGAUGCCGGGACUGAAGAGGCUGCGCUCCGGGGGGCUGUCCGCGGUGCUGGCGGCUGUCACCUGCGCGCUCCUGCUGCCAGCCUGCCCUGCCCGGGCACAGAAUGACACCGAGCCCAUAGUUCUGGAGGGCAAGUGCCUGGUGGUAUGUGACUCCAACCCGGCCACUGACUCCAAGGGCUCGUCCUCCUCACCUCUGGGGAUCUCGGUCAGGGCGGCAAAUUCCAAGGUGGCGUUCUCUGCCGUCAGGAGUACCAACCACGAGCCCUCCGAGAUGAGCAACAAGACCAGGAUCAUCUACUUCGACCAGAUUUUAGUAAACGUGGGAAACUUUUUCACGCUGGAAUCAGUGUUUGUAGCUCCACGGAAAGGAAUCUACAGCUUCAACUUUCACGUAAUAAAGGUUUACCAAAGUCAAACAAUACAGGUCAAUCUGAUGCUUAAUGGGAAACCAGUCAUCUCAGCUUUUGCUGGGGACAAAGAUGUCACUCGUGAGGCAGCUACCAAUGGAGUUCUUCUGUAUCUGGAUAAAGAGGACAAAGUUUACUUAAAACUAGAGAAAGGCAACCUGGUCGGCGGUUGGCAGUACUCUACAUUCUCUGGCUUUUUGGUGUUCCCUCUGUGAAGUCUGUGACAAUCACCCAGGUGCAGGAUACUAGACAAACCCUUCACCUUUGUUAUUUGAAGAUCAUUCUCGUCAUUGAUGGACUGGUGUCUCUCUCGAGUGACUUUUCAUGGUGGAAUUUGGAGUCGAUUCCAAAAACAUUUCAAAGAAAAUAUUUUGUGUGUUUGCAGUACAUUUGGAGUCCAUCAGACAAUGAAUAUAUAUGCCUAAUGUUGCAAGUCUAAAGCUGCCUGCAACUUCUAUUCACUGAAAGGAAUUUAUCUAAAAAGGAAAAAAAAAUGUCAUAGGCCAAUACAAUGAGGACAAAGGAGGUUGAUUUAUUGUAGUUUACGUUGCAGACUUCAAUGUAAGAUUCACUUGUUACUAAAAGCGUAAUAGUAUUUAUAUAAUAAGAAUACUUGAUGAUGGCGGUUGCAAUUAUCCUGACAUCAUUUGAGUUUUACCAAUGUGGUUAACUUAAUGGAUGAUCAAAACUUGACAUUUGAUGUAAUCUUGAAUGUGUCUUCAAUGUGUAAAGCUAACCAAUUCUGAACGUGUAAAGCUAACCAAUCUUGAACGUCUAAAACUAGCCAAAUGGUGGAGAGUUAAAGGGGAAGUAUCAUUGCUUGUUGAGUUGUUUUGUCUUAAAGAAAACCUACAGACUUCUCACUCCCAUGUCACCUCCACAUGCUUCAUAUUAGCCUGUGCCCUGUAUUGACUAUGACAGUAUGGUUACCACAUUGUAGAAGCUUGGGGCUAUCACCUUGAUAACAAGCCCAGUCCUCAUUGGGUUAUGGUCAGUCUAACAUGAUGAAAUGCCUGCAGUUCUCUUCAAUGGAUGGCUUUAUAAGAAAAGAAUAGUCCCAGAAUUUGGCUAUAAACGUUUUAAUGAGACUAGAUGGGUGCCACUAUAAUUAUAGGAUAUUCCCAUAUUUUUAUUUGCUCCACAACAUAAAAAUAAUGAGCCAGCUUUACACAUAUUCUUUCUUAGAAAUCUCCUACCAUUUUGUGUAUAUAGCUCUUAUGCAUAGUUGUCUCUAUGGUUCACAUCUAUAACAAAUUCUGUAUGUAGCCUCAUCCUGCAGACGUGUAUUACUCUCCACCUUCUUGCUAACUUUCUCGUGAGCACUGUACAGUGCAAGUAAGUAAUAUUCACACACAUGUUUCAGAAAUCAUAGAUUGUGCCAAAGUCAUGAAGGAAGGAGAGGAGAGAAAGACACUAACCAGUGCAUUAAGAGAAGGGGAAACAGAAAACAGCUUGUCAGGGGACACCCACUGAGCCCAGAACCUGCAGCUCCACAAGAAGCAUGUCAAAGCAAACAGAAAUCAAUAACUUAGAUCAUCGUAAAUUUCUCGAAAGAUCUCAAGAUCACUAAAGGAGCACAUACCCUUAAACUGGAUCUUCUUAAGUGGACUCCAUGUCCUAUCUGUUGAUUUCUUGAGACAAUAGAGUAAAAGAUGAUAUUUCCCCUUUAAUCUCUCCUACCACUUCUGCGGUCUAAUUAAAAAAGAAAUUGAAAAAGUUUUUGCAAGGUGUUCAUAAGCAGCAUGAUCCAACAAUAAAAUAAAUAGAUCAUAACAAUGACAAGAAAAUGCUUACCCGACAUCCAAGUCAUCCAUCUUGUCGAGCUCUGCAAAAAACAGCUUUGCCCUGCAGGACGGCUCAAUCUCACUGCUCAAGUUUAAUUAGCAUGAUUGAUCAUAUGCACUUUAUUAGAAACCUGGGGAUGCUUUUUCUACCAACGGAAUCACUUUUAUCCCAGGAAGAGGAUCUUGUGUUUUUUUUUAAUUUUAUUUCAUAUUGUAUCUUAUGAUUUAUUGAUUGCACAUAACGUAUUAGUUGAUGCCUUAAAAAUGAUGAAAUAAAAGAGUAAAUUAUGGGAAAACAAAAGGAAGAUAGAAAAAUAUAUUUCAUAUGUCAUGGGGACAUUAGUUGAUAGUAAGUCUAUUUGUAGAGUAGAAGUCAAUAGAUUUUACCUCUCAGUGUCACCGUUAUAUUUAAUAAAAGUUCAUCUGUUACAGAAAUUAUGACCUUCGAGUUUUAAAAAUGCAAACCCAGAUGGAAUCUCAAUGUAGUCUUAAGAAAUAGUCAUCUGACAGUUGACAGGUGAAGGGUAAUUGCCUCCAAGCUAAGUUCCUUGUCAUCAAAGUAUUCUGAAGGCCCCUUAAUAUGGGCUGACUGUGCAGGUAAAUAUCAGGAGUGAACGUUCCUUCUCGAUAGUUGCUUGAUCGUGAGCAGGGGUAAGAGCUGCUAUAAUUGUCCCCAUACAGAGUUAUUAUUUGUGGGCAGCAGAUCCCUAUUUACACAGAGCUAUCUCCUACCCAGAAAUAAUGACUUUGGGUAUCACAUCAGGAAUGCCGUCACCUGAUGAUCAAGCUUGUUUAUCAGGCACGUAUUACACUGGCCAGUUAUUGGGAAUGAGCAUUCCGAGGAAUGCUCAUUUCCGAUAUUUGCCUCCAUUGUUGUCCAGUGUAAAGAGUCCUUUAGGCGAGGAUGGAAACAUAACACAUAAUUGGAUAGUUUUGUUAAGCCCCAAAUCAACAGUUCAAACCAAUAUUUUUGAUAGAUACAAUGAA